AUGACUAGAAAUUACAAAAACUUUUCUAAAACUUCUCGUAACCCCAAACGACCUUAUGAAAAGGAACGUCUUAAUUUCGAACUCAGAUUAGUCGGAGAAUACGGUCUUAAGAACAAGAGAGAGCUUUGGAGAGUGAAAAUGUUACUCGCUAAGAUUAGAAAAGCUGCGAGAGAACUUCUUAUCAAACCUGAAGACGACCCCGAGAGAAUCUUUCACGCCAACGCUUUAAUGAACAGACUUGUAAGAUAUGGACUCCUCAACGAAUCCGAAUGCAAACUCGAUUUUGUCUUAGGACUAACUCUCCACAAGCUUCUCGAAAGAAGAUUGCAAACUCGUGUCUUCCGACAAUCACACGCCCGUUCCAUUCACCACGCCCGUGUUUUGAUCAGACAAGGACACAUCAGAGUUGGAUCGCAGACUGUGAACGUUCCAUCAUUCCUAGUCAGAUUAUCUAGUGAUCAACACAUUGAUUUCUCUCGAAGCUCGCCUUACGGCGGAGGCAGACCUGGACGCGUCGCUCGUAAGAAGGCUACUGUCAGAAGCAACUCCGAAAACGAUGAUUAA